AUGUUCUACGAACCGGGCAAAACAGAGCAUAACCUGCCUUAUGAUCCGUUCAAGGCAUGCGUCAUCCCGCGCCCAAUAGGCUGGAUCAGCACCAUCUCGCCUCCCCAACCAUCCAGCUCAUCUGCAACUUCAACCUCCGCCAGCAACGGCCACCCGCAGACCACAGAGACACCAACGCGCACAGCGAACCUGGCGCCCUUCAGCCAAUUCAACAACCUGACCUUCGACCCUCCCUUUGUCAUGUUCUCCGCGAACCAGACGCCCUCGUGCCAGCAGAAAGACACGGUGCGCAACGUCGAGGCCACGGGCGUGUUUUGCUGGCAGCUGGCCACCUGGGACCUGCGCGAGGCCGUCAACGUCACCGCCGAACAAGUGCCCUACGGCGUCGACGAGUUUGACCGGGCCGGCCUGGAGAAGGAGUGGUCCACGGUGCUGGCGACGCCCGUGCCCAUGGUGAAGGCGUCGCCGGUCAAAUUCGAAUGCGAGUAUCACUCCACGUUACGCUUACCGGGGAACCCUCCCAUGGGGACCGUGGACGUGGUUAUCGGCAAGGUCGUAGGCAUUCAUAUCGACAACGAUGUCUUGACAGAGGAUGGAAAGAUCGAUGUGAGCAAGACUCAGCCCAUUGCGAGGUGCGGGUAUUACGAUUAUGCUGUCGUCAGGGAGACGUUCGAAAUGAUCAUUCCCGGGACCACUGAUGCCAUUCGCUAUGGCAUGGAGGGUAAUGUGAGCAAGCACAAGGCUGCCAGAGAGGCGGCCAAGAAGAUUGGGGUCAGUGUAUCGGGCCCACCGUGA